GUCGCCGUUCAACCACACAAAUGAGUGGCUGUGAGUGAAAGUGACACUUUAAUCAUUUACUGCGAGAUGAGGUCUUGGUUCCUGUAGACAGCUAUGGCACCAGGGGAUGUGGUGCCAGACCAUACUAAGCAGCUGAGGUCCAAGGAAAAGCGGCCUGGUAACAGGGCCUCAAAGGGAGACUGCGAGCCUGAUGGCUGCUUUGUCUUUGAGGCCCAUGAAGCCUGGAAGGACUUUCAUAACUCCCUCAGGCAUUUCUAUGAAGUAGGAGAACUCUGUGAUGUUACACUGAAGGUGGGUAAUAGGCUGAUACCAUGUCACAAGCUGGUUCUGGCAUGUGUCAUCCCAUACUUCAGGGCCAUGUUCCUGUCAGAGAUGUCAGAGACAAAGCAGGAGCUGAUCGAGAUCAAGGACUUUGACGGUGAUGCCAUCCGUGAUUUGGUGCAUUUUGCAUACUCCUCCAGGCUCACUUUAACUGUAGACAAUGUCCAACCGCUACUCUAUGCUGCUUGUAUCCUUCAGGUGGAGCUGGUAGCACGGGCUUGCUGUGAGUACAUGAAGGCCCACUUCCACCCCACCAACUGCCUGGCAGUGCGCACCUUCGCUGAGAGCCAUAACCGUGUCGACCUGAUGGACAUGGCUGACCGCUAUGCCUGUGAACACUUCUGUGAGGUGAUGGAGUGUGAGGACUUUCCUUGUGUGUCACCCCAGCACCUGCGCACUCUGCUGUCAUCGAGCGACCUCAACAUCCACUCAGAGACACAGGUAUACAACGCGGCAGUCAAGUGGCUUAAAGCAAACCCACAGCAUCACGAAGCCUGGCUGGACCAGAUCAUGUCUCAGGUGCGCCUCCCCCUGCUUCCUGUAGAGUUUCUGACUGGAACAGUGGCUAAGGAUGAAAUGAUCAAAGGCAAUCUGAACUGUCGUGACCUGUUGGAUGAAGCCAGGAACUACCACCUUCACCUCAGCAACAAGGUGGUGCCGGACUUUGAGUACUCAGUCCGCACCACACCUAGGAAACACACAGCAGGUGUUUUGUUCUGCGUGGGUGGCCGAGGUGGUUCUGGUGACCCAUUCCGCAGCAUUGAGUGCUACUCCAUUUCUAAGAACAGCUGGUUUUUUGGCCCUGAGAUGAACAGUAGACGACGCCAUGUAGGAGUGAUAUCUGUUGGAGGAAAGGUGUAUGCAGUUGGCGGCCAUGAUGGUAAUGAACAUCUAGGGAACAUGGAGAUGUUUGACCCUCUCACCAACAAGUGGAUGAUGAAAGCUUCCAUGAAUACCAAGAGGAGGGGUAUAGCCUUGGCAGCUCUUGGAGGUCCUAUAUAUGCUAUUGGAGGUCUAGAUGACAACUCCUGCUUCAAUGAUGUGGAACGUUAUGACAUUGAAAGUGACCAGUGGAGUACAGUUGCUCCGAUGAACACACCCAGAGGAGGAGUUGGCUCUGUGGCGUUGGGGAAUCAUGUGUAUGCUGUGGGAGGCAAUGAUGGUGUGGCAUCACUGUCUAGCGUGGAGCGAUUUGACCCACACCUCAACAAGUGGACAGAGGUCAAGGAAAUGGGCCAGCGACGGGCUGGAAACGGAGUCAGCAAACUUAAUGGCUGCCUUUAUGUAGUGGGGGGCUUUGAUGAUAACUCACCCCUGAGCUCUGUGGAGCGCUUUGACCCACGGCUGCAUCGCUGGGAAUAUGUGUCUGAGCUUACCACUCCGCGAGGUGGAGUUGGGGUUGCUAGUGUGAUGGGGAGAGUGUUUGCAGUAGGGGGCCACAACGGGAACAUAUACCUGAACACAGUGGAGGCAUUUGAGCCUCGCAUGAACAGGUGGGAGCUGGUGGGAUCAGUGUCACACUGCCGUGCUGGGGCUGGUGUGGCUGUCUGCUCCUCUCACAUCAGCCAGAUCAGAGACAUCGGACAGGGUUCCAGCAACGUGGUAAACUGCAUGUGACCCCAGCUCUUCAGGUGACUGUCACGUCACUGAGAUCUGAUGUGUUCAGUAUCCCAUCAUUGUG